CCCCCCUGUCUCCGGCCCUGCUCGCGCUGCUGGCCCACUGAGAGGGAGCCCCUUCCUGCCCGCUAAACUAAACUUACCCUUCAGGGGGAAAAACGAAGAAACUGCAACAGACGCGAAUAUCCGAGACACUGGUUGGAAACCGAGGAACUUUUUUACAAAUCACCCCGACGUGUUUGGCCCGCAGCGGGGUGAAGCAAGGGCCGGCCGAAACAGAAAGUAGGAUGUGGGUCUGGUACCUCCUGCUCGGGUCGGGAACGGGCACCAGCUCGGUCGAGAGCCAGCUUCUCCCUGGGAAUAACUUCACCACUGAAUGCAACAUCCCGGGAAACUUCAUGUGUGGCGAUGGCUUGUGUAUCCCUGGAAGCUGGCAGUGUGACGGUUUCCCCGACUGCUUCGACAAGAGCGACGAGAAGGGUUGCCCAAAGGUGAAGUCUAAGUGUGCCCCCACGUUCUUCGGCUGCGCUAAUGGCGUCCACUGCAUCAUCGGCCGCUUCCGCUGCAACGGCUUCCGCGACUGUCCCGACGGCAGCGACGAGGACAACUGCACAGGUAAUCCUCUGGUGUGUUCAGCGGCUCGCUUUCACUGCAGGAAUGGCCGAUGCGUGGAUCGAAGUUUCCUCUGUAAUGGUCAAGACAACUGCCAGGACAAUAGUGAUGAAGAGAACUGCCUUUCCACAGCAGAGUCUCCAGGUCAGGAUUUUGUGACGUUGGACUACCGGUUGCGUUACUACCCCAGCAUCACCUACGCCGUUAUAGGCAGCGCCAUCAUCUUCGUCCUGGUGGUGGCGCUGUUGGCUCUGGUGCUGCAUCAUCAGAGGAAGAGGAGCGUGUUAUUGCCCCGCACCGGAAGCCACCCGCACCCUCACCAGCCACUGCUGCUCUCCCGGCUGGUGAUAGUAGACAGAGGACAUGUCUCACCUCCGUCCUCCUCUCCAUCAGCACACUUCAACUCAGCACACAGCCUCCAGCUGCUCACCAGCUCACUCUACCCCCAAGGAGCCCCGCUGGAGUCGCCACCCUCGUACUCACAGGCAGUGCUGGACGUCAGUCGACCACCGUGGUUUGACCUCCCGCCUCCUCCAUACCCUCCUGAUGGUGAGGCUGCGUGUGACACAGAGCCACCUGUAUAUGAAGCAUCCACACAAGCCAGCGAGACCCCCGCAGUCCGAUCCGAGAGAGCACAAGUACACACCAUCAGACUCAGAUGUGAAGCAGCACAUCCUCAAACCCUCAGCUCAGCUUCCAGCUCCACAGCAGAGUCUCAACAGCUAUAGCUGUCCUGUCAGGGGAACGCCGGGACACUUGUACAUAGGACACAGAGACAUGUAUGGGACUCAAUGUGGAGAAGGAUGAAAGAUGGAUGAGUGCCAUAGCGCUACGUUUGGAGUACCGCUAAAAGUCACCGAAACCAGAGAAUCCUUUUUUUGCUUUCCCGAGUAGAAAGCGCCAUCUUCUGGGGAGAAAUGUGACCUUACAGCUCAUGACUUUGCUACGGUGAAAAGACAAUCUACUUCACACCUCCGACUGAUCUCAUACACAAGACUGAUUUAGACGUUGCAUUAAUGAUGCAGGCACCAAAACGAGUAGCACUCAAGUACUACAAUACUUAAAAAAAAAAAACUCUCCUGAGCUGUUUCUUUAUCCAUACUUAUUUCUUUCAGUGUUUCUUUUUCAUCCAACGCUUUAUAAUAUUAUAAAAAAAAAUCACUAUGCAAUGUGAACUGUGUAAAAAAUGUGUGUAAAAAAAUUUCCAAAUAGUCCUACCCCAUACCCCUAUUCUUAUCAUUAAAGCACUUAUUAAUUUAUCCUGGUGAUACGCUUUUGCUCAUCGUGUUCCCUGCAAUGAUUUCUCAAAUUAAAUUCGCAGUAAGCCCUAAAUAGACAUCCUUAAGCUGCUUUCACGCUAAGAUGCUUUUCUCCACAGUAAAAGUGCUGGAUGGUAUUCUGACUGAUCGUCAUUACGCUACCUGUUGAAACAUCUACGGGUUUGUGCACACGCACAUUACGCUCCUGAGCAUCCGCUGAUUCAUGCUCCUUUAAAUAGUUUAAUGCUGGAGGUGUUUUCUGAUCAAGCCACUUAAAAUACGUUUCUGCUGAAGUUAUUGUCAGUGGACGUUACACUAAUAAAAGUAGAUGGCUCUAAAUUAUACGUAACCAUGACAACAGCGGUACUGUUUGUGGUGUCCACAAUUUUCUGUUCACAUUUGCAGCAGUUUUACAAGUCGGUUUGAGUGACGUGUUUUUCCAAAGCAGCACUGUUUAGUGUCAUGGCUCCAGGAACCAUCUGAAGGCUGUGAAGUUAUGUGUUGUGGAGUAAAGUGAAGUUAUUUUUCACUGCAGCAGACGUUUCCCAUGUUUUAUUAACCUACUUGCAUUUACCGGCCCGAUAACGUACAACACAAUGACUCUGAUUUAUGCUUUAAUUUGUUCUGUUAGAAUAUUUAUGCAAUAUAUAUACACUCAUUGUCCACUUCAUUAGGACAUUCAUAGUGUUAUCUAAUCAGCCAAUCCCAUGACAGCAGCACAAUGCAUUAAAUCAUUCAGAUAAAAGUAAAGAGCUUAAGGAAAUGUUCACAUCAGAAUAAGGGAAAAAGGCGUGACCUCUGUGACUGUGCCUUGGUGAUAAGAGAAGCCAGAGGAAAAUGUCCUGAUUAGUUUCAUCUGAUAUAGAAUCUUAUAUAAUCACUCUUUAUAACUGCAUCUCAGCAUGCACAAAACAGCACGAUGCUUGAGCCUGAGAACCCUCUGCUCACAGGGUGUUGGGUGUGGUCAUCCCAAGGGAUCGACACGUUCUGAAAAACUCAAACCGACAACCAUGACACAGUUAAAGACAGCUUUUAUUUCAUUCUGUUUGAUGUGAACUGAAGACGUCUGGUGUGAACUGAAGCUCUUGACUUGUAUCUGCAUUGAGCUGCUGCUACACGAUUGGCUGGUUAGAUAAGUGCAUGAACGUACAGGUGUUCCUAAUAAAGUGGACAUUAGGCAUAAAUACCUAUCGCCAAAAAUAAAAAUUAUAUUGAUCUUGCUUAAUUGGUAAUAUAAAUUCUGCCUAGUUAGCUUAUCUAUCACGAUUUAUUAACAGCAGUGAUUAGCUUUGUGUUGUGUGUCGAGAUCACUGAUCCUCACAACAUUCUCCAUGAGCUGCGAUCUGAUUGGUGGAAAAAAAAACCCUCCUGAAGCCAUGUCGUAUGUGGCGUUGUUUGUGAUCUCAUCUUAUAAUAGUAUAUUAUUAUUCCAGUGUUUUUAGUGAAAUCCUCUGUUUUUUUCUCCCAGAUCAGACUGAAAUCAUUUGACACUUUCUCUUCCAGGCCAGAGCGCCUGCUGUUCCAUUAACCCUGAUCCAUAAGAGCUGCAUUAACCCUCUGUGAGCCAGAGCUGUUUGGUGCAUGAUGUGAUGAAUGUGUACUAAACCCCACAGUGCCUUACAGAGUAAAGUUUUUGGAUGUCAUUAAUUACACUUCCUUUAUAUCUGACAAGUCACUUCCUUUAUAUCUGACAAUCAGUGUAUUUUGUUCAGCCUUAAUGAAUAAAUGUGGCCGUUUUAAAGGUUUUACAUUCUCAAAUCAAUCCCAAUGUCUAAAAGUUGAUCAGGAAGUGUGUUUAUUAAAUAUUCUGUUCAAAGCAGCUGUAAACAAGACUAGUGUUAAUUUAUACACCGAUCAGGCAUAACAUUAUGACCAGUGACAGGUGAAGUGAAUAACACUGAUGAUCUCCUCAUCAUGGCACCUGUUAGUGGGUGGGAUAUAUUAGGCAGCAAGUGAACAUUUUGUCCUCAAAGUUGAUGCGUUAGAAGCAGGAAAAAUGGACAAGUGUAAGGAUUUGAGCGAGUUUGACGAGGGCCAAAUUGUGAUGGCUAGACCACUGGAUCAGAACAUCUCCAAAACUGCAGCUCUUGUGGGGUGUUCCCGGUCUGCAGUGGUCAGUGUCUAUCAAAAGUGGUCCAAGGAAGGAACAGUGGUUGAGCAACUGUUGCUCAGAUUGCUGAAGAAGUUAAUGCUGGUUCUGAUAGAAAGGUGUCAGAAUAUACAGUGUAUGACGGGUCAGGGCUGUUUCGGCAGCAAAAGGGGGACCAACACAAUAUUAGGCAGAUGGUCAUAAUGUUGUGCCUGGUCGGUGUACGCUGGCUAUUGUGUGUCGAUCGGUCUUCACUGUGUAGAAAGAUAUUUUUAACACUGACGACAUUUCGGAGCAUUCGUUUAGCCUUCAGAUGUGAAGCUGCCGGUUCGAAACGUCACGUCAAAGACAGACAAUCUAUAUCAAGGUAUAUAAUAGACGUGUGAAGGAUCAGAACUUGUUUAAUGCUGUUUUGUUGAGUAGAUAAAAAUGCUAAUCUGGGAGAAAGUGGGUGUAUUUAAACAUAUAUAUAUAUAUAUAUAUAUUGUGGAAUAAUAUGUUUAAACUGGAAAAAAAAACAUGUACAUGAAAAAGUAUUGCUUCUGUCUUUUUGUUGCCCCCUAGUUAUUAAACAGCAGCGCUCCAUGCAGGACAUCAGCUUGUGGUGUUAGAAAUGUAAAAUUUGACCAAAGCAGAAUUUCUAUUGUGUUUCAAAAUAAAAAAAU